AUGAGUCAAACAUCUCUGAAACAGAAAAGGAAGAAUGAGUCUGGAACGAAAUACUCAAGAGAAAGUCUAGAAUCAGAGAAAAGACGGGAGUCUGACAAAUCAGGAGCUCGUGUGAGAACUCAGAUGAGGCAUGCAGUCAUUCCGAAUCACUGGCUGAGAUGUUGCCCCAUGCGUUGUCACCUGGCGUGUAGACACUGCCUUAGGGCACCUGAGGGAACAGUCCUUCCUGGCCCCUGCCGCACAAUACGUAUUUAUAUUCACAUGUGCCUGUUGUGGGAACAGGGCCAGCAGAUCACCAUGAUCAGGGGAUCACAAGAACUAUCAUUGCCGAAGACAGAUUCUCGAGGGUACCUCGUGCGAAACCAGUGGUCGGGAACUUCACGAAGCCCAUCCGUCAGAGCCCCAUCAAUAGAGGAGCCCAGAAGCAAGAGUGCCAGUCUUAAGGUAGAGAUCCCCACAAGCUCCACAACCUCCCAGGCGUCAUCCACCUCCCAGAGCCAGCAAGAGUCCACGCAGGAGCUGUCCCUACAGGCCUCCCCACCCACGCCACCCGUGGCUCACACGCCCCCAGUGUUUCUAGAGCCCCCGAGCCCUCCCCCAACCCCCGAUUCCCCGUCUCAGCCUCAGUCUCAGCCUCAGUCCCAGUUCCAGUCCAGGCGGAGCACCAAGAUGCAGGAGAGUCAUGAAGCCUGGGCGCACGGCGUUGUGCGGGAGUUCCGGGACUCCAGGGACUCCAGGGACUCCCGGGACCUGCGGGAAUUCCGGGACCUGCGGGAUGCCCGGGACCUGCGGGAUGCCCGGGACUUGCAGCAGCGGGAAUAUCCUCGCACGCCCCCCAGUGAAUGGAAGUCCUAUGGCCAGCGCAGGGCCACCUACUCCUCCCAGCUGGACCGUGACUUCGCACCCGACCUAUCCCGGCAGCGGGAGGAUGAGAACGAUGACGAGGAAGCCUACUGGUCCUCGGUGAAGACACUGUAUGAGAAGACUCCAGGCUGCUCGCGCCCCCGGCCGCCGAAACCCAAGCAUGCCAUCACCAUCGCUGUGUCAUCCCAGGCUCUCUUCAACAUGGUGGACGGCAAGAAAAUCUAUGAGGAAGAGGGCCUGGAAAAGUACAUGGAGUAUCAGCUCACCAACGAGAACGUCAUCCUGACCCCUGGGCCCGCGUUCCGCUUCAUCAAGGCCCUGCAGCAUGUCAAUACGAGACUGCACGAUCUGUAUCCGGAUGAACAGGACUUAUUUGAUAUUGUACUGAUGACUAAUAACCAUGCCCAAGUGGGAGUGCGGCUUAUAAACAGCGUCAAUCACUAUGGCUUACUAAUUGACCGCUUCUGUCUGACUGGUGGAAAAAGCCCCGUGGGCUAUUUGAAGUCCUAUCUUACCAACUUGUAUCUUUCUUCUGAUUCUGAAAAAGUACAGGAGGCAAUAAAAGAAGGGAUCGCCGCUGCAACAAUGUUUGAUGGAGCCAAAGACACCGCUUACUGUGACACACAGCUCCGCGUGGCGUUCGAUGGGGACUCCGUCCUCUUCUGUGAGGAGUCCGAACACGUUACCAAGGACCGAGGGCUGGACAAAUACUUUCAACACGACCCAGUGUUUGACAAUAAGUGUCUGGCUCAGGGUCCCUUGAAAAGCUUUCUGGAAGAUUUAGGCAGACUGCAAAAGAAGUUUUAUGCCAAAGACCAACGGUUAUGUUGCCCUAUCAGGACCUACCUGGUCACGGCCAGGAGCGCAGCCAGCUCAGGUGCUCGAGUGCUGAAAACCCUUCGCCGGUGGGGUCUAGAGAUAGAUGAAGCCCUUUUCCUUGCUGGAGCCCCCAAAAAUCCUAUCUUGGUGAAAAUACGGCCCCAUAUCUUCUUUGAUGACCACAUGUUCCACAUAGAAGGGGCACAGAAAUUUGGCACCAUCCCAUCUCAUGUACCUUACGGCAUUAAUCAGAAAUUGAACAACUAG